UUCCUUCUUUUCCCUCUUCUUUGAUAUUGCACAGUGAUCUCGCGGCUUCUUCAUUCAUUUUAUUUAUAGCAUCUUGCUUCCUUCUUCUCCCUCAUUUCUUCAACUCUUUAUCGCGGUGUAACUCGUCUCCAUGGAAUACCGUAUGCUUUGGAGGUUAUCACGAGAUGGGUAGGGCGAAGCUUCAAAUCAAAAAAUUGGAGAGCAACAGUGCAAGAAAUGCCACCUACACGAAAAGGAGAGCAGGAAUUCUUAAGAAGGCCAAGGAGCUGUCCAUCCUGUGCGACAUCGAGGUUUUGCUACUCAUGUUCUCGCCCAAUGGAAACCCCACCUUAUGCCUGGGAGAACAAAG